AUGUCCAACUCCACAUCACCUUCUGUGGCUUUGCAUCAAGUCGUGAUCUGUGUUGUCUUUACACUCAUAUUUCUCAUUGGCAUGUUUGGGAAUGUGUUAGUGAUCUGGAUUAUUCUUUGCAACAUGAAACAGCGGUUCCCGACCGUCAUUUUGCUACUGAACCUGGCCGUUGCAGAUUUCUCAGUCCUCAUCACUUUGCCGUUUUGGAUUUAUUCUUUCGCGGAUAGUUGGGUUUUUGGAGCAUCGUUCUGCACCGCUCUGUUGUAUCUGGUCCACAGCACCAUGUUCGCCAGUGUAUUCUUCAUUAUGGUGAUAAGCGUCGAGCGCCUAGUGGCUGUACUGUACCCAUUUACUGCUCAGAAUUGUUGGAGACGUGGUACAAUAAGGAAAGGGAUCACUGUGAUCUGGUCUACAUCGUUUCUCUUGGCCGUUCCUGUUCUUACAGAAUACAGGGCAGCGCCAGCUGAAACUCCCUACUGUUCACAGCUGCAAGGCAGUUAUCAGCAACAGAAAGGCCUCCUUCUGUUUGAGACUUUGGUGGGUUUUGCCAUUCCGUUUCUCACAUUGUCUGUCUGCAAUGCGCUGGUUGCAAAAAGAAUUGACAGAAUGACUUUUGAAGGCAGAAGAAAAUCAGUCAAAGUGACCAUAAGGGUCACAAUAGCUUUUGCAGUUUGCUGGCUGCCCUAUCACAUCAGAAACCUGUUAAUGAUCUCUUCAACAUUGUCAAAGAGGUCGAGCCCAGAAACCUCCAAGAUGUUGCUGCAUAUCAGUGAAAAGCUGGAGAAUGUGGUUGGAGCUCUGGGGGUCACUAAUAGCUGCAUCAACCCAAUUCUGUACGCGUUUGCUGCUCGUAGAAUCCAGAAAAACUUUAAAACCUCUGGGAUUGCUAAACUGUUUCAACAACUGAAUAAGUCUUCCGCAGAUAAGUACGCCAAGGGAUCAAAUAGUCCCAGAACCAAUUCACAACAAUCCAGCUGUUAG